AUGUAUGUCGGCGCCAAAGUGCUCUUGCCUGCCGGGUACAAUGCGUCGGAUACGCGUACGCGUUAUCCCGUGGUAUACUCUCAGUUUCACUGGCUUGGGGGCGAGAGUUGGUGGAGUCACGAUGCAGCCUUCACAGAAGCCUGGAACAGCGGCACGAUUCCAGCUCAGGAUGGGAAACCAGCACGGCCGACUCCCAAGCUCAUUGUUGUCAUGUUUCGCCAUGAGAAUCCAUUCUAUGACGAUUCCUACGCUGUGAAUUCGCCGAAUCUGGGACCGUAUGGCGACGCCCUAAACGACGAACUGGUGCCCCAUCUGGACAUGAUGUUCAACACGAUUGCGCAACCGUAUGCGCGGAUACAGGAAGGUGGUUCUACCGGGGGCUGGGCGGCCGCUGCCAGUGUCAUAUUUCGGCCAGAUCUGUACGGUGCGUGUUUCGCUUCGUAUCCAGAUAGUCUCGAUUUUCACAAGCACCAAGACAACAAUCUAUAUGAGCAAGCAAAUGCUCAUGUCCGAGACAGCCUCCCGGUACCAUCAAACCGGAAAGUUGAAGAUGAUGGCGUAGAGCGCGUCAAGGUCACCAUGGAACAAGAAAAUCAUUGGGAGCUCACAUUCGGGACGUCUGGGCGUAGUGCCCUACAGACUGAUGUCUGGUUUGCCGUAUUCGGCGUGCAAGGGCUCAACGGGUAUCCUCUCGCCGCCUGGGACAAGGUUACAGGAGAGAUAUAUCCGGAUGUAGUGGAGCUCUGGAAACCUAUGGAUCUCACGCAUUAUAUACUGCGCAAUUGGGGUACCAAACUCAACCUGGGAGAAGUGCUUCGGGGGAGGAUAAAUGUCUACGUGGGCGGCGUGGAUAGCUACUACCUCGACAAAGGCGUUGAGCAGUUCCGCAUGCGAGUUACUGAAAAGGGGGGGCCAGAAUGGGCCAAUGUGACGGUUUUCCCGGGAGAGGCACAUGGUGGAGUGUACAAUCUGCUGCCGAAAUGGACGUAUCUUGACUUGCUCCUUCAAUGGGUCGCGGACCAUGCCCCCGGAGGGAAAACUCCCCUCUCAGAUGAGUACACUCUAGGCACAUCGAGAGGAAAUAUGUGGGAAGAUGUUUUGGCAUUUGGGGGCCGUCAAGCAGCACUUGCCCGCCAGUCACCACCUCAUAUUGACAUGUACCCCUCUCAUUGGUCUGAUGGGCAUUUACACGCUGAGCCGCAAGCCAGCGUUGGAUGUUGGGAUCCAGGUGUUGCGUUGAAAGCCCAGUGGCUCGUGGAUGGUAAGGGCAGUAGGCACAAUGUGUUUGAUGUCAAACAACGAGAGACACUUACAUUUUCUGGUCAUGCGCCGGGCCGGACGCUACAGUUGGUCGUUACGGGCACUAAGGAUGACUACAUUGAGGAAACGAGACGAAGCAAUGUCAUUACCCUAGGAUGA